CAAUGUGCCAACAUCUCAAAGCAUGCGCGUCUCUUCUCACCAUUAACAGCGGAACAGCGAUAGGCAGUGCGAUUAUCAUUCCAACUACUUCCUGGGACUCAAUCUAGACUUUCUAUGUGCCCGAUAAAGCAGCUUGAAAGACCCUUUCUUCUCAGUCUCGGGACGUACGACACGGGUGUUAGAUGUACGCGUCCUUUUCACUGGCUUUUCAAUAAGCCUCAACAACAACCGCUGGCUGUCACACGCUCGAUGAGAUGGCGAUAGAACUCUCUAUCAUCAACUUUACCAUGGUGCGACGAACUUUAUAUCUCUUAAUCCAUCCCCUACACAUAAGUUGUAUCUGCCCUGGCCCAGCAACAAUACUAUGUAGCUGCUUAUCGCCAGGGUCUUACGUUCUGCCAGCGCGAGUCUUUUAUUAUCGUAUCUUCUAGUGGACUUCAAUAAGGUUUGCGAUAGUCAAUCCACUAUCUACUUCCACAUCCCCAUCCCCGACAGAGAGUAUAACAUGCUCACUCGAUCAAUCUACAGGAAAUCCACCGAGAUGAUGAUCGACUAGGUUUAAUAACUCCCUGUUUCAAGAUUGAGUUCGUUGUCUAAAGGAUACCAAGUCGACGACAACAAAGUCCGAUCAGUCUUGAGCCUUGUCUUGUCGGUAAGUGAUUGCUUUUUUCAGUACAUUUCUUCUUCUUGAUCGAGGCUCUGUGAUAACAAUUACGAGUUUUCGCAGGAUCUUCUGACUACCUACUUAGUAGGUUUAUGCUUGUCGAUCUUGACAAGUACGGAACCUUGAGUUCAUGUCAAUCCAAUACGUUGCCCCUUUCCCAGACGAAGUCCAUUAUGCAACAUGGAUGGUUCUAUUUGAUCCUCGUCGGUCCUGUGGCACCUAUCAAUGUUUCUAAAUUAAAAGUGAGCAAGUAACAACUCCUACCACACAUCAGUUGCUCGAGUAGUCCAGGUUGUCAGACUCAUUUUCGAGAGGUGUGCUAGAGGAAACUACUAUCAAGUAGCUUGCAUGGCUAGUGGUAGUUAGAGCUUUUGACUGGGAUACGUUGAGUGGUUGAGCUUGGUUGGCUGAGUCGUACAGACUCGGCUUACGGCAAGAUUCAUUUCCGACGCAACGACAUACCCGAUAUAGUAAUUCGCUGAGUCGAUCU